AUUUUAGGAAUGACCAACUAAACAGUAAACUAUUUGGACCGUCUCCUCCCACUCGGCUGAAUCAGUAGAUAGGGUCUGACGCAGAGCAGGAAUUCAGUUUCAAGCCUGGACAGGAAACACACACAGAGUAUACACACACCCUACGCACACAGCCUCACGGUCCAGUGCUAACACCAGUGUAGCAUGGACUUCCAGUACAGUAGCCUGCUUGAUCAUGUGAACCAGCUAUCUGGAUGGCUAGUUGAUUCUGCUAGUUAAUCCUGAUAAUGAACAACUAGCCUAUAGCAAGUCUAUAGAAACACUAGAGGACUUUGAGUUGGAAUAAAACAGGAAUAAUAAUAACAAUGUGGAGGAGACAGGAGAAAGACCGGACCAAUACACUGGCUGGGAUUCUCUUCUGUCUGACGGUAGGACUCUCUCUCCAGGACAAUGAGGAGAAAGUCAACAAGACAAAAAUAACCACCUUAGCUGUGUUGGACCCAAGGACGUUCAAUGGCAGGAGAGUUCAGACCAACUGUACGGCUGCGGCGGGGCCCCCCAGCUUGGUCAACCUGUCCCCUGGGGCCCCUGGGCUGGACGUGAGGCUGGAAGACCCUGCAGUAGCCUACACCACAGGGCUCCUCAGCACCCGGCUCAUCCCCUCAGCCUACCUCCUGGCCAUGGCAGUGGGCAUUCCCUCCAACGCUUAUAUCCUGACCUUCCUGAGGCUCCGGGCCAGGUCUUUCUCCACGGCUGUCCUCUACCUUAGCCUGGCCCUCUCUGACCUACUCCUCCUGCUCUCCCUGGCCCUCCGAGUCCACUACCACCUAAACGGAAACAACUGGGUGUUCGGCGAAGCUGCCUGCCGUGUCGUCACCGCUUGUUUCUAUGGCAAUGUCUACUGCUCUGCCCACACCAUUGCUUGUGUCAGCCUCAAGCGCUACCUGGCCGUGGUGAGGCCCUUCCUGUACAGGCGGCUGCACAAGACGGCCUGGGCGUUGGGGGCAAGCCUGGGGGUGUGGGGCCUGUUUGGGGUGGCUGUGGUGCCUGAGCUCCUGGUGAGACAGAGCUUCCUGCUGCCUCGUCUGGGCUUCACCACCUGCCACGACAUACUGCCCCUGGAGGACUCCCCCCACGCACUGCUGGUGCCCUACAGGUUGGCACUGGUCUGUUUAGGGUUACUCGUGCCCUUUGUGGUCUGUGCCUGGACCCAUGUGGCGGUGGUGCGGCAUCUGGGUCGCUCGGGCCUUGACUGGACACCCUUCAUCAGGGUCAGUACACUGGUCUUCCUCAUCUUCACUGUGUGUUUCGCUCCCAGCGGCGUCCUCCAUAUCGCCCAUUACGUGAGGCUAUCCACCAGUGGAGGGGACGGGCUGUAUGUGUACUCCAGCGCUGCAGUGUGUCUGUGCUGCUUCCACAGCUGUCUGGACCCCUUCCUGUGUAUUCUCAUGUCCAGGACAACCGCCUCCAAACUGCGCUUCGCCUCUCUCAGGAGGACACAGCAGACACCUGUUCUGGUGUAGAGACUGUGUGUAUGUGCCCAUUGUAUUUAAAACAUAUAUAUAUUUCAGCUUUAUUUAACCACGUAAGCUAGUUGAGAA